AUGGAAAUCAUAUGAUGUGGAAUAUUUGAGUGACAUCUACCUGAAAGAUCUUGAAGAAUUACAGAAGACAAAAACACUAAUGCAUUUGAGAAAGCGGUAAAGUUUGGGGGCGGGGGAAAAGCAACUGCUUUCCUGAUCUGCACCUUGGCUGGGUGCUAAGAUGUCUGUGGACAUGAAUAGCCAGGGGUCUGACAGCAAUGAAGAGGACUACGACCCAAAUUGUGAGGAGGAAGAGGAGGAAGAGGACGAGGACCCUGGGGACAUAGAGGACUAUUAUGUUGGAGUAGCCAGCGAUGUGGAGCAGCAGGGGGCCGAUGCCUUUGACCCUGAAGAGUACCAGUUCACCUGCUUGACCUACAAGGAGUCCGAGGGUGCCCUCAAUGAGCACAUGACCAGCUUAGCGUCUGUCCUAAAGGUGUCUCAUUCAGUUGCUAAACUUAUAUUAGUUAAUUUCCACUGGCAAGUCUCAGAGAUAUUGGACAGAUACAAGUCCAAUUCUGCUCAGCUGCUUGUUGAGGCUCGAGUUCAGCCUAACCCAUCCAAACAUGUCCCCACAGCCCAUCCCCCUCACCACUGUGCAGUGUGUAUGCAGUUUGUGCGGAAGGAAAACCUCCUCUCUCUGGCCUGUCAGCACCAGUUCUGCCGCAGCUGCUGGGAGCAGCACUGCUCCGUACUCGUGAAGGACGGCGUGGGCGUGGGAGUCUCUUGCAUGGCUCAGGACUGUCUACUCCGUACGCCGGAGGACUUUGUGUUUCCGUUGCUUCCCAACGAAGAAUUGAGAGAGAAAUACAGGCGCUACCUCUUCAGGGACUAUGUGGAGAGCCAUUACCAGCUCCAGCUGUGCCCUGGUGCAGACUGCCCCAUGGUCAUCCGGGUACAGGAGCCUAGAGCUCGCCGAGUGCAGUGCAAUCGGUGCAACGAGGUCUUCUGUUUCAAGUGUCGUCAGAUGUAUCACGCGCCCACAGACUGCGCCACUAUCCGGAAAUGGCUCACGAAGUGUGCGGACGACUCUGAAACGGCCAACUACAUUAGUGCGCACACUAAAGACUGUCCCAAGUGCAACAUCUGCAUCGAGAAGAACGGAGGCUGCAAUCACAUGCAAUGCUCCAAGUGCAAACACGACUUCUGCUGGAUGUGCCUCGGGGACUGGAAGACCCACGGCAGUGAGUACUACGAGUGCAGCCGCUACAAGGAGAACCCCGACAUCGUCAACCAGAGCCAGCAGGCCCAGGCCAGGGAGGCCCUCAAGAAGUACCUGUUCUACUUUGAGAGGUGGGAAAAUCACAACAAGAGCUUGCAGCUCGAGGCCCAGACGUACCAGCGGAUUCACGAGAAGAUUCAGGAGAGGGUCAUGAACAACCUGGGCACGUGGAUCGACUGGCAGUACCUGCAGAACGCCGCCAAGCUCUUGGCCAAGUGCCGCUACACCUUGCAGUACACUUACCCCUACGCAUACUACAUGGAGUCGGGGCCCCGGAAGAAGCUGUUCGAGUACCAGCAGGCCCAGCUGGAGGCUGAGAUCGAGAACCUCUCAUGGAAGGUGGAGCGGGCGGACAGCUACGACAGAGGGGACUUGGAGAACCAGAUGCACAUAGCCGAGCAGCGGAGGAGGACCCUGCUGAAGGACUUCCACGACACCUAAGCUGGGGCCUGGGCUGCUGGGGCCUGGGCUGCUGGGGCGGAGGCCGUGGCUGGGAGGGCUCCGGCUGCCGUGCUGCAUGCUGCAGGCUCUGCCUUUCACGACCCCGGGCGACAGCCAGGCCCCGCUCCUCAGAGACACUGGCAACAACCUCUUAGUCGAUUUCUGUUUUCUUCUCAUCUUUUCGCUUUUUGUUUCUACCAGGGUAGAGGCUGUGUUGAAUUGGCCUCUUUUCAGGACUUUUAAUUCCCCCCUGGAUGAUUGUUGGGAGGGAGGGCGAGUUUUUUCUGAAUGGCUAUUAAUAGUAUUAGAUCAUUACAACUUACAUAAUUUUCAAAGGUUGUACGAUUAUACACAAAAAGGCGAAGAAACCAUAGGGUGACACGGCCCUUUAAAUAAACCGGCGUUGGAGUGUCUCA